AUGGCGCAAGACCCGGCCGCGUCGCGCUCGCUGCCCGAGCGCAUCUCGUUCCCCGACGAGGAGGUGAAGAUCCUGGAGCUCUGGGAGCGGCUGGACGCCUUCCACAAGUCGCUCGAGCUGUCCAAGGACCGCAAGCCCUUCACCUUCUACGACGGCCCGCCCUUCGCCACGGGGCUGCCGCACCACGGCCACAUCCUGGCCGGCACCAUCAAGGACACGGUGACCCGCUAUGCGCACCAGACGGGCCACUACGUCGAGCGCCGCUUCGGCUGGGACUGCCACGGCCUGCCCGUGGAGAACGAGAUCAACAAGAAGCUGGGCGUGACCACCAAGGAGCAGGUGCUCGAGAUGGGCAUCGACAAGUACAACGCCGAGUGCCGCAGCAUCGUGCAGCGCUACACGAGCGAGUGGGAGCGUGUGGUCAAGCGCAUCGGCCGCUGGAUCGACUGCCAGAACGACUACAAGACCAUGGAGCCGUGGUACAUGGAGUCGGUCUGGAACGUCUUCCGCACCAUCUUCGACAAGGACCUGGUCUACCGCGGCUACAAGAUCCUGCCCUACUCGACGGCCUGCACCACGUCGCUCUCCAACUUCGAGGCCAACCUGGACUACCGCGACACGCCCGACCCGUCCGUGGUCGUCAACUUCCCCCUCGUCGAGGACCCGGACGUGGCCUUCCUGGCCUGGACCACCACGCCCUGGACGCUGCCGUCCAACCUGGCGCUGUGCGUCAACGAGUCCUUCGACUACGUCAAGAUCAAGGACCUCAAAACCGAGAAGGUCUACAUCCUCGGCGAGGCGCGUCUGUGCCAGGUGUACCCCAAGAUGACCAAGAAGGGCUACAAGGGCGGCGAGUUCGAGAUCCUCGAGAAGUUCAAGGGCUCCACGCUCGUGGGCAAGCAAUACGUGCCGCUCUUCGACUGCUUCAAGGACUGGUCCAACGCCUUCCGCGUGCUCUCGGACAACUACGUGUCCGACUCGGGCGGUACCGGUAUCGUGCACCAGGCGCCCACCUUCGGUGAGGACGAUUACCGCGUCUGCGUGCGCGAGGGCGUGGCCGACAAGUUCACGCUGCCGGACCCGCUGGACGACAACGGCGUCUUCACGGACGCCGUGCCGCUCGUCAAGGGCCUGCACGUCAAGAAGGCCGACGACGUCAUCUGCCAGGAGCUCAAGAACCGCGGCCGCCUUGUGUCCAAGGGCACGGAGGUGCAUAGCUACCCCUUCUGCUACCGUUCGGGCACGCCGCUGAUCUACCGCGCCAUCCCUGGCUGGUUCGUCAACGUCGAGCGCAUCCGCGACCGCAUUGUGGCCAACAACAAGCUCACGUACUGGGUGCCGAGCUUCGUACAGGAAAAGCGCUUCCACAACUGGCUGGUCGACGGCAAGGACUGGAACGUGUCUCGUGGCCGCUUCUGGGGCACGCCGCUGCCGCUGUGGGUGAGCGACGACUACGAGGAGGUUGUCUGCGUAGGCUCGAUCGCGGAGCUUGAGGAGCUGACGGGCGAGAAGGUGACGGACCUGCACCGCGAGUUCAUUGACCACCUGACGAUCCCGUCCAAGCAGGGCAAGGGCGUUCUGCGCCGUGUUCCGGAGGUGUUUGACUGCUGGUUCGAGAGUGGCUCCAUGCCGUACGCCCAGCAGCACUACCCGUUCGAGAACAAGGAGAAGUUUGAGGCCAACUUCCCGGCCGACUUCGUGGCUGAGGGUCUUGACCAGACCCGUGGUUGGUUCUACACGCUGAUGGUGCUGUCGACGGCGCUGUUCGACAAGCCGGCCUUCAAGAACCUGAUCGUGAACGGCCUUGUGCUGGCCGAGGACGGCCGCAAGAUGAGCAAGAGUCUGAAGAACUUCACGGACCCGGAGGAGAUCCUGCAGAAGUACGGCGCUGACGCCCUUCGUCUGUACCUCAUCAACUCACCUGUGGUGCGUGCCGAGCCCCUCAAGUUCCAGGCCCCCGGUGUCCUUGGUGUUAUCCGCGAGAUCUUCCUGCCGUGGUUCAACUCGGCUCGCUUCUUCGCCCAGCAGGCCACCCGCCUGCAGCUCGAGACUGGUGUCGCCUUCUUCGUGCACGAGGAGAUGAAGGCCUACCGUCUGUACACGGUGGUGCCGCGUCUGGUGAGCUUCAUCGGUCAGCUGACGAACUGGUACGUGCGUCUCAACCGCCCUCGCCUUAAGGGCAGCGCCGGCAGCGAGGAGGCUGCUGUGGCCCUCUCGGCGCUGUACGAGGUGGAGUACAACCUGGCCAAGCUCAUGGCCCCCUUCACGCCGUUCUUCACGGAGUACAUGUACCAAUUCCUGCGCCAGUUCCACCCGAACGUGGUGAACGGAGCCGGAAAGGACCUGGCCGAGGACGCCGAUGGCGUGUCGCCCAGCGUGCACUUCCUCAUGCUGCCGGACUUCGACGCCAGCCGCGUGGACGAGGAGGUGGAGGUGCUCAUGACGAACCUGCAGAGCGUUGUUGAGAUGGGCCGCGUGGUGCGCGAGCGCCGCACGAUCUCGCUCAAGAACCCGGUGAAGAAGGUCAUCGUGGUCUCGAACGACCAGAAGACGCUGGACGGCCUCCGCCGCCUGGAGACGUACCUGCACGACGAGCUCAACAUGCGCGACCUCGAGUUCUCGACGGACGAGAAGGAGUGGUGCGUGCUUAAGGCCGAGGCUAACAGCCGCGCCCUUGGCCGUCGUCUCGGCAAGGCGCUGUCGGGCGUGAAGAAGCAGAUCGCCCAGAUGACCCACGACGAUGUCGCGGAGUACGUUUCCAGCGGCAGCGUGACGCUGGAGGGCCACGAGCUGACCGGCGACGACUUGCUGGUGAAGCGCGAGUUCAAGGGCGACAGCAAGAUCUUCGAGGCUGACGUGUCGCCCGAGGGCAACCUCAUGGUGAUCAUCGACACCCGCGAGGACGAGGAGCUCAAGAUGCAGGGCUGCGCGCGUGAGGUGAUCACCCGCGUGCAGAAGCUGCGCAAGAAGGCCGGCCUGGUGGUGCAGGACAAGAUCCACGUGUACUUCGAGGAGAAGGGCGGCGAGCAGGGCCCGAUCUCGACGGCCAUCCAGUCAUUCCUGCCCAUGAUCGCCUCCACCCUGGGCACGGCCCCGGCUCCGCUGUCGUUGCAGCCUGCGCACAGCGUGCCGAUCGUGUCGGAGGAGGCCCAGUUCGCCGACUCGAGCGUGAAGCUUGUGGUAGCCCGCCCCGCCGUGCUCUUCGCGUCCGCGGAUGUGCUGGCCAAGCACGAGGCCACCAUGCCGGUGGAGCAGUUCACGGCAUACGUCGCGUCGAUGAAGUACGAGGACGUCAAGGCCGCCCUGGAGUCGGCCGAGGCCUCGGUCUCCGUGCGCAACGCCACCGCGCAGGUGACGCUCAAGGCCAACGUGGAAGUGUUCCUGGACGCCAAGUCAUUUGCCAAGUCGUCGGGCAAGCCGGAGCUGGCCUGGCUCACCAAGGAAGCGUAA